AUGCCGGACCCAUACGAGUCCGGUGUCGAUAUUGGUUGCGUCAACGUGCAGACGGCUGAGGCGGUUCUCGGCAUCACAGUUGACUCACCGGCUGCCUCGUCUUCAUCACCGUCACAAUCAACAACAAACUCACCAUCCAUUUCUUACACCGGCACGACGACAUCUAGGCUUCGAUUGACUCUAACUACUUUUAUAACCAAGUCGAUCUCCAACACGCCCACUGCUGUAGCCCUGUCCACAGCAUCUACAUCGACGACCAAGUCGACUGCAAAGUCUACGUCCAAGUCUACUGUAUCUCAGGCCACACCCUCUACAUCUACGACCCCCGCUGAACCGAGUGCCCAGACAUCUUCCGGAGGGCCAGUGGUGGUCGUCCCCGUGACAACGACGUCGCUUUCAUACACCCCGCAUCUCUAUACUGCGAUUGCAGGUGGUACAACGGCGUCGCCAGCCUCCGCUUCAUCAUCGCCAGGAGUGUUUCACACAGAUGCUCCAGCAGCAGCAGCACCUCCCACGGUGAUCACAAACGUCAACACAAACACACAAGCAACCGUCACAAUUAUCCAGACGGUCAGCAUCCACGACACAGUGACCAAGGAUGUUACGACCACGGCUACAAUCACAGCGACCACCACCGAGACUGAGGCAGCUACUACAUUUACCCAGCGUGUGAAUGUUAUUGGUUAG